GCCGGCCUGGCUAUUCAUUUCCCGGCUUCUGGAUGGGCGGGCCACCCUGCAGCCCCCCACAUGGGCGGCGAGCAGAGGGGUCCCGGCGCGCAGUGGUCCCGAGGAACUGACCGCUGCAGGCAGCUGUUGGCCACCUAGGCCCGUGCAGACGGAGAUCUGAGCCAUGCGGUUUGGGACAGGGUGUGGCUAAGCCCGCAGUGGCCUGCACCUCCCAGGCCCGUCUCCAUGGCUGGGUGCUGCUGGCCCACGCUCUGGGCCUGCGUGGCAGCCGGCCUGCUGCUGGCGCCUGGGCUGGCCCGCGCCGACUGCUGGCUCAUCGAGGGUGACAAGGGCUUCGUGUGGCUGGCCAUCUGCAGCCAGAACCAGCCGCCCUACGAGGCCAUCCCUCAGCACAUCAAUAGCACCAUCGUGGACCUGCGGCUCAACGAGAACCGCAUCCGCAGCGUGCACGCCGCCUCGCUCAGCCGCUUCGGCAACCUCACGUACCUCAACCUCACCAAGAACGAGAUCUCCUACAUAGAGGACGGUGCCUUCGCCGGCCAGUUCAAUCUGCAGGUGCUGCAGCUGGGCUACAACCGGCUGCGCAACCUGACCGAGGGCGUGCUGCGGGGACUGGGCAAGCUUGAGUACCUGUACCUGCAGGCCAACCUCAUUGAGGUGGUGACACCCGGCGCCUUUGGCGAGUGCCCGAGCAUCGUCAACGUGGACCUGUCCAUGAACCGCAUCCAGCGACUGCACAGCACCACCUUCAUGGGGCUAGCUCGGCUGUCGGUGUGCGAGCUCUACAGCAACCCUUUCUACUGCUCCUGCGAGCUGCUGGGCUUCCUGCGCUGGCUGGCGGCCUUCACCAAUGCCACACACGCCUACGACCGCAUGCAGUGCGAGUCCCCACCUCUCUAUGCCGGGUACUUCCUCGUGGGCCACGGCCGCCACGGACACCGCAGCAUCCUGGCCAAGCUGCAGUCUGUGUGCACGGAUGGGGCCUUUCCUGCCGCACCAGACCCGGGGCGUCUGCCUCCUGGCCGCUCACAGCCGCCACCACCACCACCACCGCCUCCCGAGCCCAGUGAUGGCCCCUGUGCUGAUGACGACUGCUUCUCAGGCGAUGGGACCACACCACUGGUGGUGUUGCCCACGCGGGCCCCGCAGGCCGAGGCGCGACCGCUUAUCAAAGUGAAGCACCUUGGCCCUGACUCGGCCACGCUGACUGUGCAGCUGCCUAGCCCCUUCACACGUAUGUACACGCUGGAGCAGCUCAACCACAGCCGCUCGGCCACCGUGUCCCGGCUGACACGCGCACAGGAGGACAUCCGAGUCACUGACCUGCACGCACUCACCAACUACACUUACUGCGUGGUGUCCAGCAGCUCAGGCCUGCGCCACAACCACACCUGCCUCACGCUCUACCUGGCCAAGCCGCCCGGCCCGCCGGGGCCCGUGCCUAGCCCGUCCACGGCCACCCACUACAUCAUGACGGUCCUGGGCUGCCUCUUCGGGAUGGUGCUGGUGUUGGGCGCUGUCUACUACGGCCUGCGGCGGCGGCGGCGCCAGGAAGAGAAGCACAAGGCGGCGGCUGUGGCAGCGGCGGGAGGCCUCCAGAAGACCAUCAUUGAGCUCAAGUAUGGCCCUGAGCUGGAGGCCCCGGGACUGGCACCGUUGUCCCAGGGCCCGCUGCUGGGACCCGAGACUGUGACGCGCAUCCCAUACCUGCCUACGGCUCCAGGCGACGUGGAGCCCUACAAGCUGGCCGAGGGUGGCGGGACCCCCAAGGUCAGCAAGGGCGACUACAUGGAGGUGCGCGCCGGGGAGCAGCGGGACUGCGAGCUGGGCCGGCCGCGCCCUGACGCCCAAGGCUCGGCGGCUGAGAUCUCCACUAUUGCGAAGGAGGUGGACAAGGUCAACCAGAUCAUCAACAACUGCAUCGAUGCGCUCAAGGCCGAGUCCGGCUCCUUCCAGGGGGCCAAGGCCGGCCCCGGGGCCGAGCCGCUGCUGCUGCUGUCGGAGCCGCUGGCGGCCAAGCACAGCUUCCUGGCACCCAGCUACAAGGACGCCUUCGGCCACGGACUGCCACGGCACCACAGCGUGGAGGCAGCUGGCCCUCCACGGGCCGCUACCCCGGCCGGGGGCUCCAUGCGUAGUCCAAGGGCGGCCCCCGAGGCCAAGUACAUCGAGAAGAGCUCACCUGCUGCGGCUGAUGCCAUCCUCACUGUGACCUCGGCGGCUGCUGAGAAGAGCCGCCAGUACGGGGAACACCGGCACUCGUACCCCGGCCCCCGUCCUGCCGAGCCAGCACCCCCAGCCCGUGCCGACCGCAAGGCCUCCAUCCUGGAGCCUCUGACAAGGCCCCGGCCCCGCGACCUGGCCUACUCGCAGCUGUCCCCGCAGUACCACCACCUGAGUUACUCCUCCAGCCCCGAGUAUCCCUGCCGGGCACCCCAGAGCAUCUGGGAACGCCUGAGACUGAGCCGCCGGCGGCACAAGGACGAGGCCGAGUUCAUGGCAGCUGGCCAUGCCCUGCGCAAGAAGGUGCAGUUCGCCAAGGAUGAGGACCUGCAUGACAUCCUGGACUACUGGAAGGGGGUCUCGGCCCAGCACAAGGCCUAAGCGGGCCGUGCCCCAGGGCGCCGAGGUCGCUGGUCCCCUCGGGGGCUCGGUGGACACGGGAGGGGGCGCCAGUGGGAGCCAAAACCAAACCCGCGACGUGGGUGCCUGAAACACUGUCGCACAUACGCACACACACGCACGCACACAGACACACACACACACACAGAUAUUUGCACACAACUAUACAUAUUCAGACGUGUGCACAUGAUAGAUGUACUCACACACAGACACACAGACCUGUGUGCACAAGUAGUCAUACACAUAUACACACACACACAAACACACAAACACAACACACAUAGGGACUUCGGAAAACUGU